AGCUUCCUGCCAAACGCCGCGCAGCCGCCUGGCUUCGCCGCGGGAGUCCCGGUGCAGGCCUCCGCGCGCGUGCGGGACCCGGGUCUCCGCCGCGCGCGCCGGCCCGGCCCAGUGCCGCCCGACCGCACCAUGCGCGCCGCGCCGCUUGCCGCGCUGCUUCUGCCGCUGCUGCUCCUCGCGCUCCUGGCCGCGCCCGCCGUCCGCGCCAGCAGAGCCGACUCCGUCGCCGCACCGCAGCCGGGACCCGAGAGUCAGCCGCGGCCGCCGCCUGGCCCGGAGCCGGGGAACGCCACCCGGACCGGGUCUGGGGAGGCAGCGGGCGGCGGCGGCAGCUAUAACAGCAGCGGUGACGCCCUGGUGACCCGCAUCUCCAGCCUUCUCCGCGACCUGCCCACCCUGAAGGCGGCUGUGAUCGUGGCGUGCGCCUUCACCGCCCUCCUCAUCGCCUGCCUGCUGCUGCGCGUCUUCAGGUCAGGGAAGAGGCUGAAGAAGACCCGCAAAUAUGACAUCAUCACCACUCCGGCGGAGCGAGUAGAAAUGGCCCCACUGAACGAAGAGGAUGACGAGGACGAGGACUCCACAGUAUUUGACAUCAAAUACAGGUAAAACCUGUUCUCCAGUAGGUUGGCAUCCUGUGGAAGGUUGGUCAGCCAAAGCCCGGGGCGUGAAGAAUCUGGAAGCUGUCCCAUCUGAGGUGUUGAAACCAAAAGAAACAUUAUUUAUGAAACUCUGGCACAGUUGUGUGUGUGUGGAAUGUCAACUCUGAACGUCACUGCAGGAGACACCACCCUCCGGAUGCCCCUUUAAAAUGUCACCCGUUGUUCCCUCCUCAGCGGGGCUUUUGCCUUGCUAAGGGGCAAGGCACAGAAACAUGCUGGUUUUAAAAAUAAUCAUUUUAAAGCGAUCGCCAACAAAAGCAAAAGAGAUCAGAAGUUAUCAAGAACCUAAAAAAAGCCUAAAGGAUAUCUAUCUCUAUAGCAGGGUUUCUGACUGUCUGCUGCCCUGGAUCUGUGACCUCCUAGGUAUCUGCCCCUUCACGGUCUUUCCUGGGCUUGGUGAAGUUCUGGCCUUACGCUGGUGAUGGCUGCGUGAAAGUUCAAAGUGAAAGGUCUCAGAGCUGCCCCAGCUCCCAGCAGAUGCAAACACGUCCUUCUGGCUCCUUUUCCUUCCUUUUUCAAAGGGUUCAGCAGAAUUAGGCAUGCCUAGCUCACAAAGAAUUCUGAGUAUCAGGGAAAAACCUCUACCUGUGUAUGUGUGUGCAUGUGUGGGUAUUGUGUGUAUGUGUGUGUAUGUACAGGUGAAAUAAUUUUUCUCUCUCUGAAGAGAAAAGAAAGCGCUUUGGCAACCUUCAGUUAGUAAUAUCCCUUGUGUGUAUGUCUGCCCUAUCAUGAGUCUAUGUUGUUGGUCUCAGAAAUGGAAUUUUUUUAAAAAAAAUCACUGUGGUAAUUUAAACGAGUGAUGGUCUGGUUGGCUGAAAAAAGCCCACUGCCAGGGAUGCUGUUUGCAGUUGGUCUGGGUUGGGUUGGCCUAAGAACCCACUUGGACCCAGGAAGGCCCGGGAAGGCCCCUUCUGUGGGGGGGCGGGCAGGGCUUCAGGUAGUGGCUUAUCUCAGAGCUCAAGUGCCUGACCUUUUUUUGGCUUCUGGGAGCAGGGCCUUGGCUGACUUCUCAGGAUGGUGAGGCCUCUUGGUUCACUGUUUCCCCAGGGGUAUUCGCUGCAAUGAAUGUGCUUCUGCUAAUGUCUCCUAGCAGUGCCUUUGGGGCCUGGGGACUUUGUUCCUUCUGGAAGGUGUUUUGUAGCCUUAAGUUUCUUUUCUUUUCUGGUGUGGUGCAGGUCUGCGUAUCUCCCGGUUGGUUGUCUGUUCCACUGCUUGGGAUGAAAACUCUGGCCUUUCUCCCACUCGUCCCUAUUUUCAGUUUCCUGAGACAGGGCUGCUAGUACUUUGGGGUCCCCUGGUUCCUGAAGCUGGCUGGGCAUGCAUGCUCUAUGGCCCUGGCAGUUUAGGCUGGCACUUCGGCCUCUGCGGGAAAGAGGGGAUGCUUGGGGGCGAUCAUGAAAAGAGUGGCCUGCUGCCCUUCAGCUCCUGUGAUUUCACUCUUAUGUUGACUUUCUCCUUUUCUCCACCUUGUUUGCCAGAGGGGUGGGACUGCUCUAUCUCCUCCCUCCACCAUGUCCUCGUGGGCCAGGGUGGUGACUAAACAGGAUGGGCCACCUAGCAGCUGUGCGCCCUUGGAACCUUUGAACUGGAACUGCGGCUCACACUUGCCUUUCCGACAACUGCGGCCAAACCAUCAGUGGAAAAGCUGGAUUCUACUGCCUUAUGCGUAAGCGCUGGCUUCUAUCUGCCAUGUGCUCACCACCUGGCCUGGUAGAGGCAGCCUCUGAGAUGACCUUCCAGAUGGCAGAGCUUCAGCACUACAGACUCUUCAAUAAAGCACCCUUCUGGCAUGAA